AUGGACCACAUGGGCUUUCAAAUGCCCGGCUCCGGCCCGCCAUUGAUGAACCAGCCGCCCCAAAUCUUUGGCUCCUACUCCCAAGAUGGCAUGCCCAGCAUGGCGCACAUGCCUGACAUGACUGCCCACAUGUUUUCCGAUGCUCAGCUGCUUAUGGAAGACACCAAUGACGCAAAGAGACGUCGCAUCGCCAGGGCAAGCUUGCGAUAUGUGCCGCAAGAAAAAGAUCAAACCGACUGCGCCUUCACCCAGGUUGAGAAGAAGCGCAGUCCUCCGAAAGGUGCCAAAUAUAUCGAGGGACUCGAGAACCGCCUCGGCCGCAUGGAGCAGCUGCUUCGCCUGUCAGGCGUUUUGAAUGACGAUGAUCCGGGCACUGAUCUUGGCGCUCUCGAGAAGAAGCUGCAAGCAAAGUCGAGACAGGCCUCUCUCGCCAUUGGCUCAAACAGCCCUCCGGUUUCGCCUGUGCUAGCUGACAAUGCCACCCCCCAAAGCUCACUACCAUCUCCCGGGAGAGAAGCAAGAGAAGCGACAGAGAGGCGCAGGUCUGGGCCGUCUACAGAAGACAAGGGAGCGAGAGAGAGCGACGAAGAAGGCCACGAGGAAGUUGAGGCCCUCUCGGAAAUGAUGUGCUCGCUCGUCACCAAUCAGAGCGGAGAGACGCGGUACAUUGGAUCAUCCUCCGGCUUCUCCAUCUUCUCCCCCAAAGGCAUUUCAUGGGUCAAUUCCAGAACGGGCGACGAAUCCUUCCAGCAAAUGAUUUCCGAAGUCUCCGUCGACGACCACAAGUGGACCAAUUGGAAGCCCGAGGUAUUUCGUGACUUGUUCCAGCGUCCUGUCUUUAGGCCUCUUCCCCCCAAGCACGAGGCUCUUUCGCUGCUUACCGACUAUUUCGAAAACUUCAACUGCAUGUUUCCACUCUUCCAUCAGCCCACAUUCAUGCAUCUAGUCGAGCGCCAGUACUCCGAAAAUCCCUACCAGGGAUCUGGCUGGUGGGCUAGUUUGAACUGUGCCCUGGCCAUUGCUCAUCGUCUCCGCGUCAUGAGCAACCUUGUUCCCCAGGAAGAAGACGAAAAGGCUUGGGCCUAUCUCAAGAAUGCCAUGGGUGUUUUUUCCGAAUUAACUAUGCGCAACACAGACCUCCUCUCCGUCCAAGCCCUGCUGGGAAUGGCUCUCUUCAUGCAGGGUACUCCCAACCCACAGCCUUCCUUCUUGCUCAUUGCCGCUGCCAUCCGCCUCUCCCACAGUAUAGGCUUGCACAAACGCGGUUCAGGCUUCAAUCUCAAUCCCAUUGAAAUAGAGCAGCGCAAGCGAGUCUUUUGGAUUGCCUACAUGCUCGACAAGGAUCUUUGUCUACGAUCUGGCCGGCCGCCUGCCCAAGACGAUGACGACAUGAAUGUCGAAUUGCCAGACGCCAACCCUGUCGACAAUAUCGGAAACAUUCCUCUAGCUGACGGAAAGGGGAAGAUGAACCUUUUUCGCGUCAUGUGCGAAUUUGCCGUCAUCGAAAGCACCGUGUACAAGCAGUUAUACUCGACAAAGGCCACCAAGCAAUCCGACGGCGAACUUCUCAACACAAUUGGCGAACUGGACCAGCAGCUAGAAGAGUGGAAAGAUCGCAUUCCAAUCGAGUUCCGCCCUGAACACGAAAUCAAGGCAUCCCACACUCCUUUGAUUCUACACGUUGUCAUGCUGCACUUUACCUACUACAACUGUCUCACCACAAUUCACCGCAUGUCGGUUCACCAUGGUUACUGGACUAGUCGCCUGGCCAAUUACGCCAUUCAGGGCCUCAACGCGCGACCCUUGAAUCCUCGUGUUUUUUCAUCUGCCGCUCUCUCCACAGCCGCUGCUCGAGCAUCCAUCUCUCUCUUAAAAUAUGUCCCCCAGGGCGACUUUGCCUGUGUCUGGCUGAUUUUGUACUUUCCUGUCUCCGCUUUGGUGACUUUAUUUGGAAACAUUCUUCAAAACCCGCUUGAUGUGCGCGCCAGAUCCGACACGCGUCUUAUGGAACUGGUAGUCACAUUCCUCUCCAUGCUUGGGCAAGAGGCAGAGCAGGGCGGUGUUCACCGUAUGCUAGGCGUCUGCUCCGAAUUUGUGCGCAUCGCCAAGUCCGUCGUUGAAAAGGCGGAAAACGAUCAGUCCUUCCGGCGAAAGCGCCGUACCGACGGCAAAGUCAAGGCCAACACCAAGAAUCUCGACACCUCCGAGGUGCCUAUUCCUACGACGAUUGAAGAGCUGUCGCCGCCGGUCCGCACCCAUCGCUCAUCUUCCUGGGGCCCUGUGGCGGCGACGUCGCCUUCUGAAGAGCAAAGGUCUCCUCGUAACGGCAAUUCGAACCACGAUGCGCAAUCACAAGCCCAGCAGCAGCAGCAGCAGCAGCAGCAUCAGCAUCAGCAGCAACAGCAGUAUCAGCAACAGCAGCAGCAACAAAUUGCACAAAACGGCGACUUUGAUUCCUUUGACAGUAUGAGCAGCUUUCCCGGCGACCCGUCAGCCAUGGUCAUGGACCCGCCCUUUCCUCAGCCUCUGCUGCCGCAGGACCUGUUUGCGCUGCCCAUGACGCUGGAUUGGAACUGGGCCGAGAUGAGCGGUGGCGCGUACCCGUCUGUCGAGAAUGGAAACUUUGGUGAUCUGCCGCCUCAAUGA